AAUACAACCGAAACGACUGUCUCAGUAUAUUUUGGUAUAUUUUUGUAGGUUUCAAAAGCGUUCGCAACGUGCUGCUGUGUCUCAUCUGUGCUGCCUCCUAUCACUCGCUCUGCUAAUUUUCAGUUAUGGUGGCCACCGGUGGACAGGCCCAGGACCAGAGCCAGAACCUGGAGCCGGAUGUGCUGAACCCCACGUCGGCGGUGACUGGGCUGCCGCAGAAGCGCUUUUACCGCCAGCGGGCGCACUCGAAUCCCAUCGCGGACCACAGCUUCGACUAUCCUGCUCGCCCGGAGGAUGUGGACUGGCGCCUCAUGUACCCGAGCAUUCAGCAGGGCCAGCAGGUCAGUUUUGCUGACAUCGGCUGCGGCUACGGCGGCUUUCUCAUCACCCUGGGCGAGAUGUUCCCCGAAAAGCUCUCCAUCGGCAUGGAAAUCCGCGUCAAGGUAUCCGACUACGUGGUGGACCGGAUUGUGGCACUGCGACGCAAAUGUGUGGAUACGGGUGCAUACCAGAAUGUCGCCUGCUUGCGCACCAACGCGAUGAAGUAUCUGCCCAACUACUUUGCCAAGGGCCAGCUGGAGAAGAUGUUCUUCCUCUACCCGGAUCCACAUUUCAAGCGCGCCAAGCACAAGUGGCGCAUCAUCAACCAGGCUCUGCUCUCCGAAUAUGCCUAUGUCCUCAGGAAGGGGGGUCUAGUGUACACCAUGACGGACGUGGAGGACCUGCACAAAUGGAUAGUGGCGCAUAUGGAGGAGCAUCCGCUGUACGAGCGUCUUACCGAAGAGGAGGCCAAUGCUGAUCCCAUCACCCCAAAGCUGUACCAGAGCAGCGAGGAGGGCGCCAAGGUGGUUCGCAACAAGGGCGAUCAUUUUCUGGCCAUUUUCCGGCGCCUUUAGGACACGUAUAUUCUCCAUAUAUGUAGACAUUAAUUU